AUGGCAAAAACAUUUACCGGAUUAAAGCUUCAAGGUCAGCUUGGACGCUUUGGCAAAACAGAAAGAUCAAACGUUAUUGGCAUUUUUUCGAUGCCCGAUGAAAAAGUAAUAUCGGGCUGCGAUUGGGGUAAUAUUUUGGUGUGGGAUGAAGAACUCAUCGACGUCGAAGUGACUAGGAAGUUUCGAAAACCGUGUCAUUCAGCACCAAUCAUCAUGUUUUUGUACUCCGAAAAUGACGCUCUGUUGACGAGCAUCAGCAUGGACGGUACGAUAAAAUUCUGGUACUAUCGUACAGUGGAUACGGCGGACCCACCGGAAAACGACCGUGUACUGGAAAUGGAACCGUCGUUUACGAUCAGUGUCCAAGAUUCUGUGGGUAACGCGAAAAUCAUGGGCAUGUGCAAGAUCGACGACAGUGACGACGAAUCGAAUGAUUAUUUCAUUCAGGACGGUAACGGGGGAAUGUGGCUCGCUGACAUCGUAAUGGCCGCAGACGCGAAACCGCUUAGACGGCUAGCCAAGUUCCACGGUAGUGAAAUAACUUCUUUGCAAUCAUCGCCCGUCGGUUAUUAUAUCUCUACCACUUCGUUGGACGGUUGGCUCCACGUGCAUGAUGUCCUAAACAAAAAGUUGGUAUUCACUCACGAUUUCAAAGUGCCAAUCACUUCGUCAAUUUGGUUACCACUGAAGGUAUAUUAUAUGAACUAUUCAUAA